AUGAGGAUAAUCGGCGACACUGACCGAACUCAAGUCUACACCCUUGCUGAGCUUGAAAAGAAAGAACGUCUUGAAUCCGUACUAGCCACAGAAUGUGACAUCUUUAAUUUCCUUGGUCUUGAUCCAAAAGAUAAGGAAACCCGCCGAGAAGCCAUUUCCAAGGUCAUGAAGAAGCAUGCUAAGAAGCACGAUCGUACUGGUAAGUGCAAGUGUCCAAUUAAGAAGUUCAAACAACGCCGUAUGAUCUCUUUACGCGAGUAUAUUACUUAUAACAGUGGCAAGUGUGAUUUAGAUGGAGCAGAGGUCGGAUACAUCAUUCCUAAGAAUACGGCCUUAGGCAUGGAAUUUCGCAGUCUUUUGAUUUUGAUUCGCCAAAUAGUUAUCUCUGAAAAAAACUCGGGUUCAACUCCCAUUGAGUUCUUUGCUAUGUGGCUAGCCAUCAAUAUCUUUAUUGUUAUUUUCUUGUACUUUGAACGGUUAUUCCGAAUGAGUUAG